UACGGCUUAUCAGUCAUUCGCUGGACAUCCCGGAGUGAAGUCAGGAACAAGAGAACGCUGAAGUCGAGAUGCCUGGCGUGGUGACAGUGCUGGUGGCUAUAGGCCUGCUCACGGUCGUUGGGGGAAUAAUCUAUCGCAGACAAAGUGGCCGGUGUAAAAGUACGCGAAGGAUGGACGGAAAGACGGUCAUUGUGACUGGGGCUUCUGCAGGAAUCGGGCUAGCCACAGCCGAGGACCUAGCUCGUCGCGGUGCAAGGGUCAUCAUGGGUUGCAGAAACGCCGCCAAAUCCGCCAAAGUUGCACAGGAGAUCCGCGAGAAAACAGGAAACCAGGAGGUGCAUGUCCGAACGCUCGACCUGUCUGACCUCGACUCCGUGAGAGCCUUCGCGCGGGAAUUCAAAAAAGAGGAAAAGCGACUGGAUGUCUUGAUAAACAACGCAGGAGUGGGCAUCCCCGAUAAGAGACAGAGCAAGCAAGGUUAUGAACUGACCAUGGCCACGAAUCACUAUGGCCAUUUCCUUCUCACAAAUCUGUUGCUUGACACACUAAAAGCCAGCGCUCCGAGCAGGGUGGUGAGUGUGUCCUCAGUGGCUCACAAGUACUGCUCCAAGGUCGACCUUGAUGAUCUUAAUUUUAAUAAGACUCCUUAUGCGGUGUUCCCAGCCUACGCGCUCUCCAAGCUCUGCAACAUUCUCUUCACGAAGGAACUUGCUCGCAAACUCAAGGGAACGGACACACUAAAAGCCAGCGCUCCGAGCAGGGUGGUGAGUGUGUCCUCAGUGGCUCACAAGUACUGCUCCAAGGUCGACCUUGAUGAUCUUAAUUUUAAUAAGACUCCUUAUGCGGUGUUCCCAGCCUACGCGCUCUCCAAGCUCUGCAACAUUCUCUUCACGAAGGAACUUGCUCGCAAACUCAAGGGAACGGGUGUGGUGGCCAACAGCUUGCAUCCGGGAGUGGUCGCGACGGAGGUGUUCAACAAGGAGAACACGUGGCUGGGGGCCCUCCUUACCGUUCUCGUGGGGAUUGUGGGAAAGCAACGUGACGGGGGCGCGCAAACCAGCAUCUUCCUUGCCGUCGCCGAAGAAGCACAAAACGUGUCUGGGAAGUACUUCGUGGACUGUAAGGAAAGCGAGUGUCAUUCAUCAGCCGAGGACGAAGGACUGGCGAAGAAGCUAUGGGAAGUGAGCGAACGCGACGUAAAACUGCAGCCGAGUGAAAUGUUCUACUAAUGUUCUUCCCGUUAAUGAAUGGAACUACAGAUAGCCCGUGUACGUUAUACUUGGUCACAUAGGCGUUUUCUGAAUGAAUUUUAUUUUGGGGGGGCGUUUACUCACUCUUUCCCCACAUUGCAUAAUGACAUUAAAUAUUAAAUUUAUAUUUCAUCUGAGUUUCUGCUUUCAUUGGUGUUAUUGUGCAUAACAUUUCGUUUGCUGUAAUUUUUUUUUAAAUCUGACUCAUACUCAUAUAUAAUUAGCUAUAUAUGGUUGAAACGUUUUUUUUAAUUGGUUUCAUCUCUUGACCCAAUAAAAAAAACUGCAUCCCAUUUUGAGAAUUAAUUUCAUAUUGCCUGUGUUUACCCAUGACAGAAAACAAAUGAUACAUUAAAUAUUAUAUAUUGUAACAGAUAUGUAGCAAUAAUUAGAAAAAUGAUCAAAAAGUCCUAAAGGUUAUGAAGAUGAGAAUUAAAAAAAAAGUUGAAAAUCAGAAAUGAAUUAAUGUUCAACUGUUAACCUGCAGCCCUAAUAUGAAACCAAGGUACAUGACAGGCAAGGUGUUGCUAGUUCUUCUUUAAUCCACAAUGAAUAAUGUCAAGUAAUAUCAGAAGGUUAAAAUAUUUGCCAAAAAAUAGUUAGUUAAAUAAUACCAUAGAACGUUUCUUCUCUCUAGUAAAAACAAUACAGAAAUAUGGAACAACAGUUCAUAUGGGACAACAGUCUAUGAGUAGAUAUCAAAGCAAAUAAAUGUGGUGUUCACAUAGGAAUACAAUGAUAAAAAUAACACUCAAAGACAUAGUAAAUGAUUAUGCAAAAUUUCAACUCUGUUCAUAACUCAUCAAAAUUGAACAUAACGGGAAAUCAAAUCAAGACAAUAGUUAAAGUUAUCUCAUGUAAGAACUCUUGAGAUAAGUACUUCCUACACGAGAAAAGACCAGGAUUAGUGAAGGUCCUGCAAAGACUACAAGAAUCCUAAGAAUAUACUGAAUAGUAUGGGAAAGAUGUUCUUUUAAGUAAAACAACGUAAAAAAAUGCAAAAUAAUUUUAUUAAGCGUAUGCAAGUUGUUGUAAAAUAGUAAUAAAAAGAGAAAGAUAAAAAUAAAAGAAUACUACAUAUAA